GAAGAGGAGGAUUGUUUUACUGUAAACAACACACCCAACACGACGAAAUGAUGGAAUCGGUGGAGCAUUUUCGGAUUUUAUACGGAGAAAGGGAAGAAGUUAAUGAAGAAGGCGAAGAGGAAAGGAAAUCAAAGACUAGAAUUAAAGAUUUGAGUGUUUUAUGUCCAGAAAUAGGUACCGGAUCGAUUUUGACGCAUUAUCUAAAAAAUCACUGGAUAAAUUAAUCGAAUAUAUGGAGUUAUAUAUGGAGUUAUGAAUUUAAAAAAAAGCAAUUUCAGCAAGUGUGAGUAACUUGUGUCGGGAAUGAACUGGACAGCAGCAGGAACUGGAGCUCUUCACGCGAUGAUGAUGAAAGGGUUGUGGAGGAGAUCUGGAGACCUGGAGAAGGACAGAGAUGGCAGCUCUCAUGGGACUACACCCUUUAUUGGUUAACCUUUAUUGGUGCCUGAUUAUUUCUCUGCUGUUCAUAUUUCUUGGCGCUGCUUCUUUACCUGUGGAGGGACGAAAGGGCGGCAGUAUUACUCUCCCGUGCAGUUUGACGAAGAGGGAGAAUUUAUCCACUGUUCUGACAUUUGGGCCCAUAACUGCUUUUGGUGCUGGCCAAGACGGACACUUCAGCGGUCGGGUGCACAAGAGUGGGAGCUGUGACCUCAUUCUACAAGACUUGAAGACCACUGAUGCUGGGAAAUACAUCUUGAAAGUGUAUGACGACAGUGGUUUAAUUUCCAACAGUUAUGACGUCCAUGUUAAUGUUACUUUAACAGGACAGAAAGGUGAAGAGCUAAUGUUUGAGCUUCCACGUGAGGCUGAGAACGUCACACAUUUGACAAACGCAGGCUGCACAGAGGUGUGGAGGAGAGGACGGGGUGUCCUGACUGACCGACUGACCCACAAGAAUGACUGCCUGACCAUUAAAAACCUCUCAUCCAGUGACGCUGGACUCUACAGAGUCCUGAACAAAUCAGGAGGAAUCCUCGUCACUGUGACGGUCACAGAAUCUAGUACAGGCUCAAAGGAUAAACUGGACAGCACACACGAGGAUGAAACUCAUGACACUGGACGAGUUCCUGUUUGGGUUGGGAUUGUGAUUGGAGUGGUGGCUCUGGUGGCUCUGAUUGUGUUUGCCAUCAUCAAGAGUCGUCAGCAAUGAAAGAAGGUCCCAAUGAAAGAAACCGUACAGGGGCCCAGAUCACCGAACAACAGCAACAGUUAGCUUGCCUUCAGUGUCAGCAGAUCUGCAGAGGAUCCUGCCAACAUAUCAUUCCUGACUCAGCUGAUUAAAUGUCUGCACCUGCUGGUCACUUAUUCAUAUUUAGAGGAUCAUUUUCACUAAAAAAUCAUUCCAAAUUGAUUGAUACAAAAUUCAAACCUCCAUCACCGAGCAUUAUUUAUGGUAUUGUAAGUGCAGUGUGCUGUAAAUAUCCAGUCACAUGCCUAUCUAAUGUGAUGAACUGCACUACUUACGGUUGUUUUCUGAAAGAUCUGGAGACUCCUUGAUAGAAACUGACCCUGCCCUUGAAUUUACGCUUUUUGUGAAUUUUUUUAAACGUGUUAGCACAAGACAUUUACUGUUUGACAUUUGCCUUUGCCUAAAACGAUUAUGAAAUUUAAAAGCAGCACAGUAAUUUUAAAUUGUUUUUAAUGUUAUACUGUUGUGCUUGGUGUCUGUCUCUCUCUCUCUCUGUCACUCUGUUCCCUCUCAGGCUGAAUCAUCAUCACUUUUUGCUUUUUCCUUUGCUACUUCUCCUCACAACUAUAGUCAUAACUGACACAUUUAUACAUUGAGUCCAAAUAUUGUACAUUUGUAAACUGCACACUUGUAAUUGUUUGAAUGUACAGAUGUAUUAUUUACAUGUUGUUGUUUUUUUCUCUAUGUAUAUAGUGCAUUAUUUAAUUUAAUAAUGUAUGUUAACUUGAUGCACUAUUUAUUUUGCACUGGAAGCUCUUGUUGCCAAGUCAGAUUCUUUUGUCUGUGUGUGUGUGUGUAAAUAAAGCUCUUUCUUACUUUUGACUAAAGUAAUACUGUUACUUGCUUUAAACAUGCAGCUUUAUCUUGAAUAUUGUGUAUUGAUACUGAAUUGUUGCAUUAAAAACAGGAGCAGUAAUAAACUUUUUAAAUUUCACAGCCAUUUUUACUCUUAACUCAUGUAAACCAGGAAUAGACAUGAUUUGUUUUAAAUAGCACAUUUAAAAGAUUUUUAGUAAUAUGGUCAAAAUGAUUAAUCAAAAGCAGAUUCCUGAAGCCGUUCACGCACCUUAACUUGGAAGCAACCUGGAAUAUUUAUUCAUGGAAUCUUCAAUUGCAUCAUAUAGAGCACGUACAGUAUCGGGAAAUCAUGAGGAUUUUCAUUACAACACACAAGUUUGAUGCAAAUUGCAAUAAACAACUCAUCUGAUAUAGAGACUACUGUCUGGAAAGGACGUGGAAACACUGGUUUUAGCCUCUGCAUUGUGCUGAAACCUGUAGAACAACAGAUUUUAUUAUUGGAAUAUACAAUUCACCUCCAGUGGUACAAAUAUUCUGUUUCAAACAUGAAAUGGCAAUAUUUAUGGCACCCAGACAGGUAUAUUCAAUGCAGUUGUUUUGACAGAACUAAACGAGAUACAUCUGUAGUUUCAACAUUAUUUGUAGACAUUCCUCUUUAAAAGAAAAAAAGUAUCAUAUUUUUGCAAAUUGACUCACAUUUGGUUUUUGACCACUGAAAACAUGUACAUUUUAACAAUUUACUCCUGAAGCCAUAUUAAAAUUCCAAUAUUUCUGAAACCAAACUAUAUAGGGCCUUAAAAUUUAAGAUGUCAAAAGGAAAGUUUGUUAAGACCCAGUAUAUAAAAGGGCAUCAAGCUAUAUUUUAUACUUGAGUUACAGGCAUGCAAACUUUGGAGAAAACACUUUUAAAAAGUGCUGUUUCCCUAUUUUUGAUGGUCACCAUUGACACAAUGCAACAAAGAUUGCUAAAUUGAACAGAUUUUACUAACAGACCUACCAAUCUCUGUGUACAAAUAACAUUAUGAUGCUGCCAUCUUUCUGAAGUCAUUUUUACCCUCCUGCAAUUUGGCUCUGAAUCUCAGGUGAAAACUGCCAUUUUUACCCCUCCCCCUCCCCCCUCUACAAAAUAGUGGAUUACUCAGUAAUUAUUCAUCCAUGACAUUUAAUAUUUCCUGAGGCCCCUGUUAAAAUAAUAUAAUGAUAUUAAAUUAUCCAAAUAAAAAGUGUUCAACAAGCUGACAGAAGUCGAUCCAUUUCUUUGUUGGAAACUUUUAAAUGACAAAGUAUAAUUGUUGUCAUUAUAAAUAUUAAUUGCCACGGAUCGAGGAGAAUCAGAGAUUGUGCAUUCAGCGAGUCACAAACUCACUAUGCUUUUUAUAUUUAUUUCAACAUAUGACAAGCAAAAUCAAAUCCCUAGGAGCUUGUGAACAGUUUUGUAGCAUUUUAAAAUGCUGGUUUAAUGUAUAAGACAGUGAUGCUAAAAGACAUGCAGGUGAGCCAGAAUAUUAACACGACAUGUUUAAACUACGGUUUUCUAAAGGGAGGAAAAAGCUUUAAGUAGAAAGCACGGUUACACUUUAUUUUGAUGGUCCCCUAAAUACAUUCUGUAACAUUGCACCUACAUUUCUACUGACUCUCAUUAGAGUGUUAGUAGUGUAUUGGUUGACUGGUAGAGUUAGGGUUAGAAUAAGUUGACACGUUCUUGCAAAGUUACUUAUCGUCAGUAGAAUAUCUGUUGGGAGACCAACACAAUAAGUAGUUAGUGGAUAUGAAGCAGACAGUCUACUAAUACUCUUAUGAGAGUUUGUCGACAUGUAGUUAGUGUCAACAGAAUGUUCAAAAGGGACCAUCAAAAUAAAGUGUUACCGAAAGCGCUUGUGGAUUAAGACAGUGAUAUUUAAUGUUCAAAUUUUGGGCUCAUCUGCUUUUCUGCACAUAUUAUGAUUUAUUAGUAAGGUGUGUACAGAAUGUGGUCUUUUAUUAUCAAGCGUGUUCUUAUGAGAGGAAAAUACUUAACGUAAAUAAACGCGUUGCGUUCACAUUUUGAGCUGCGUAUCUGCAUAUUGUAUAUGCUUUACAAUUUUGUCUUUAUCACUGUCUUGGUCCAUUAAGCCACUUUAAGCAUUUUAGAAAGUCCCCUGUUCAAGUUAUAAUUCACAAGCCUAGUGAAGGAGUGGAUGCCGAGCUGCCCUAUCCUUCAUAUUGAUAUUAAUUAUAUUAUUUCUUGUUUGACUAUUAAUCAAGUUAUGGCAAGAGUGAAAUGUGUAACCUUAUGUGCGCUUGUGAGAUAUUAAAGAAUCCUGCUUUAUGCUGUACUUCUACUCUCUAAGAUGAUGACUUCAUAGUGUGUGUGUAACAAAGGCAAGGAGGCCUUGAAGUUCUGAUAAGUGCUCUGUGUGUGUGUGUGUGCUGGAAGCUCUCUCUCUCUGUGUGUUAGAAGACUGUCUCUGUCAGCUGCCACCAUCCUGACCAAAAAUGGGUGUCCGGAAGACACCUAUCUUGUAUGAUCCCUGAUCGCUGACAUCUGCCCAAUCUGAUGGAGAUAUGUUUGAAGCGUUUACGUCCAUAUGUGGAGAUUGUCUAAGUUUAUCUAGGUUUUAGAACCUAUCAGAAUUUUGAUGACUUAUGCAUUGACGCAAUUAGCAACCUCUGUUAGAGUAUAAUUACUGG